CUCCAGUACGUAAGUGUAUGAGAGUGUUGAUCAAUCUAGUGUAACAGUUAGCCAUCAGUCAACAUGCUGGUUUGGAUUCUGGUGUGGACGUGCAUCUUCAUUCUCUUUCUUUUCAUCCGUAUUCCAAGGCCUAAGAACUUUCCUCCUGGACCACGACCAGUCCCAUUUUUUGGAAAUCUGCUCCAACUCAACAUUGCCAAUCCUUUGAAAGACUUUGAAAGGCUGGCAAAUCGUUAUGGAAAGGUUUACAGUUUGUACAUUGGAUCAAGACCAACAGUAGUGCUUAAUGGUUUUGAGGUUAUGAAGGAAGCUCUUGUUAAUAAGGCGGUUGAGUUUGCUGGACGCCCUCAAGACCUCAUGAUCAACCAUGUCAUGAAGGAAGGAGGUGUAAUUUUUGCUGACCAUGGCCCUGAUUGGAAAGAACACAGACGCUUUGCUCUCAUGACCCUGAGAAACUUUGGUCUGGGGAAGCAAACAAUGGAAGAGAGGAUUCUGGGAGAGAUUUCACAUAUUGUUGAUCAACUGAAUAAAGUUGUUGGAAGCUCCAGUGAUCCUAAGACUAUGUUCCACAAUGCUGCAUCAAAUAUCAUCUGCAUGGUUCUGUUUGGAUCUCGCUUUGAUUAUGAUGAUGCAUUCUUUAAGCGUUUUAUUGAUAUUAUUAAGGAGAAUGGAAAGAUCAACAAUGGACCAUGGGCUAUGAUUUAUGAUGCUUUACCUAUGGUGAGAAGUCUGCCCUUGCCCUUUAAGAAGGCUUUUACAAAUGCCUCUACAGCCAGACAGAUGUCUUUAAAUUUCAUCAACGAGCACAAGAAGACCAGAGUCCCAGGAGAGCCGAGGGAUUUCAUUGACUGCUAUCUGGAUGAGCUUGAUAAGAGAGGUAAUGAUGGUUCCAGCUUUGCUGAAGACAGACUUAAAUUGUACAUUGUGGAUUUGCACUUUGCAGGGACUGAUACUACCUCCAACACCCUCCUCACUGGAUUCCUCUACCUCAUGAAUCACCCCGAAGUUCAGGCGAGAUGUCAGCGAGAGAUUGAUAAAGUUCUGGAAGGUAAAGAGCAGGCGUCUUUUGAAGACAGACACAAUAUGCCGUACACCCAGGCUGUGAUUCAUGAAGUUCAGCGUGUGGCAAACACCGUACCACUGAGUGUGUUUCACUGCACCACCAAAGACACAGAGCUGAUGGGUUACAACAUCCCAAAGGGAACAGUAGUUAUUCCUAAUCUUUCAUCUGUACUAAAAGAAGAAGGUCAGUGGAAGUUUCCUCAUGGGUUUAAUCCAGCCAACUUCCUGAAUAAUGAGGGCCAGUUUGAAAAACCUGAAGCCUUUAUUCCCUUCUCGACAGGACCCCGUAUGUGUCUUGGUGAGGGUCUUGCUCGUAUGGAGCUCUUCCUGAUCAUCGUCACUCUGCUGCGUCGAUUCCACUUCGUUUGGCCUGAAGAUGCCGGGGAACCAGAUUACACCCCUGUGUAUGGGAUCACGAUCACACCCAGGCCAUACAAAAUGCACAUCAGCAUCAGAAAUCCGGUCAAAUAAUUAUAAUGAUGAUUACUGCAUAUAUUUUGCGAAGAUGGACUAUUGUGUUUUAUUUAUGAAAACAUAUGUAUCAUAAGGCACAGAACCAUGACCAGUUGGGUUAUGGCUAGACUUACUUUGAUAUACAUCAUCAAAUGUCAAUCAUUCUGAAAUAAUAAAAACUAUCAAUAUAA